AUGUCCGACUCAGAGGGCAAUGCGCCGCCUCACGCCACGACCGGCGGCAAAUCCUUAUCAUCAGUGCAGCAGCAACAGCGCCAGCCCUACAAGUCAUGGCGCAAGAAGUACCGCAAGAUGCGACACAAGUUCGAUGGCGUUCUUGAGGAGAACAAACGCUUGUUCAAGGACGAACAGAAGCUGGAGGGCAUGGCACGGCGACUGCGAGAGGAAUUGGAGUGAGCACCCUCUGCCGUGGAGCCAUUGCAGGGCAAAGCAUGCUGAUUGCAACGCAGUGGAUUAAUGGAUCUCCUGCUCGACCUCAACACCAGCCCAGCUCUUCCACCUGACCUUCGUUACGAUAUUUCCCUUCCUACGCCACAUACGGCCGUCGGUUCAAUCCCAAGUGUUGUCCCCGACGACGUCACGCCAGAUGCAGCAAACAAGCUCAUCCUCGACUACACCGAUGCCGUCUCGCGCGGCCAGAUUCCCCAUCUCGACUUGCAUGUCAUAAGAGUACAAGUUGACAAGAAACUGGCCGCGCAAGGUGUUCGCUCUCUUAACGAGCUUGCCUCUUCCGUAUCACACGCAGUACCGCCAGAAUCAGGAGAGCUACCCGAAGACCUGCAGGGGUCAAAUCCACCCGCAUACCUCACAUUUGACGAGGAGGAUGCCUAUCUGCAACGACUGGACGCAAAGCUGAGCAACGAUCGGCUGCCAUUGAAGAAAGAGGAAGAAGCUCUCCAAGACAAGCAUUGGGCAGACUUGACUCCACGAGAAGUGGAGCGGCAGAUUGAGCUGCAGAAUCCACAAAGUCAGCACAACUGGCUUCGUACCCACCAGAAGCCUGGCACUGGACUGGAAGUCGACGAUGCGGACAGUCUUGGAUCACAUGAAACCAGACCUGCCCCUGCUCGCGGAGGUAAAGGUAAGAGGGAUCUCGCGAAGCAGGUCGGCGACCGCGCCGUGGGACGGGCUCGAGAAGUGCUCAGUCCCGGCAGCGGAUUCGGCGACGAGGACGAUUAUGCGUUCGUGGACGAGAAUCCGGCAAGCACGAAGAAGCGUGGUAAGGCCGACCCAGACGGUCCAUAUCGAGCCAAAGGAGGGAAAGCAGCUAAGGGCAAACGGAAACGAACGAGCGAUGAGACCGCGAGUGCGAAGAAGGCGAAGACUGCAGACGAUUGA